AUGGCUUUCAAAAACCAUGGACGUCAUUAUGACCUGGUUGUCUUCGGAGCUACCGGAUAUACCGGCCAGCUGACGGCCGAGCACAUCGCCAAGUAUUUCCCAACUAGUUUGAAAUGGGCUGUGGCUGGACGGUCGGAAUCCAAGCUGCAGAGCAUAAUUGAGGAUUGCAAGAAGCUGAAUCCUGACCGGCUGCCACCCAGUAUUGAGAUUGCAAAUACCAACGAUGGGGCCCAAUUGGAAACUCUGGCCAAAAAGACUUUUCUGGUUAUCACUACCGUUGGCCCCUACUGCCUGUAUGGCGAAUCUAUUUUCAGACUCUGUGCUGAGAAUGGCACACACUACCUCGAUUGCACUGGCGAGACUCCCUGGGUUGCUCGCAUGAUCAACAAGUACGAAAGUACUGCGAGGAAGACUGGGGCCAUCAUGAUCCCUCAGUCAGGAGUAGAAUCUGUGCCGGCUGACCUGAUUUCAUGGUCAUUGGCACAACAUCUGCGAACGGACUUGGGCGCUCUGACCAAGGACGUCGUUGUCACUGUCCAUAAGCUUAAUUCCACACCCUCGGGUGGCACAUUAGCUACUGUGCUGGUCCUCUUCGAACAGUUUUCCUUGAAAGAGGUCGUUGAAUCCACAAAGCCGUUUGCGACAUCUCCAAUACCUCAUACCUCUGGUGCCAAACCGCAGAAAGGGUUCCUCCAGACCAUCCUGGGUGUCACGUCACGGCCAAAUCUGGGUCUUCUUACUACAUCCAUCUCUGCAACGGUAGACCAGGCCGUCGUUACCAGAACAUGGGGGUUGUUACACGAGAUUCCCAGCAGGCGGAAGGAAUUCUAUGGCUCCGGGUUUACAUGGAGUGAGUUCUUUAAAGCCAGAAACUGGCUCUACGGCAUUGCUAUUCAUUUUGGGCUAGCGAUUGGAAGCCUCCUCCUGGUAUUCGUCCCCCCUUUUAGAAGUCUCGUAAAGAGAUUUGUCUAUCAGCCAGGAGAGGGUGUCAGCAGGGAAGAUAUGGAAAAGGAAGGGAUCGAGUAUCGUGCCACUGCCACGCCCGACAUUAAGAGCAACCCAGAUCAGAAGCAAGCUUUCUGCCGUGCUUGGUUCCACGGCAUGACCGGGGCGUUCCUUGCCGAGGCUGCGCGGACCAUUCUUGAAGAUGACGUCGAGUUGGGAGGGGGUAUAUUUACUCCUGCGUGCUUGGGACAAAAGUAUAUUGACCGUGCGAGUGAUGCUGGCUUUAAGAUUGAAGUGAAGACCAUUGACGGCUGA